GAUUUAUUGUGCCGGAUUAAACUGAACAAGUGUGCAUAAAAAGAUAAUUUAAAAAUUUCGCAUAAUUAUGGAAUAUAUUGAUUCAAGAAGUAGCACCAGUAGUAAUGCUGGUGCAACUAAGAUCUUAUGUUGUUCAUGUGGCGCAUUGAUCGACCCAAAUCCCUUGAAUCAGUGUGCAGCUUGCUUACGAACUCAUGUUGAUAUAACAGAAAAUAUUCCCAAACAAGGAACCCUCUUCUUCUGUCGUAAUUGUGAACGUUACUUGAACCCUCCUAAUGAUUGGGUUGCUUGCACACUUGAAUCACGAGAAUUACUUUCUGUAUGUCUAAAACGAAUGAAAGGACUUAAGGAUGUGAAAUUAGUCGAUGCUGGUUUCAUCUGGACGGAGCCUCAUUCAAAGAGAAUCAAAGUAAAGCUGACAGUUCAUGGUGAAAUCAACGGAGGAAUUGUUUUGCAACAAGUUUUCAUCGUGGAGUUUACGGUUAACAAUCAAAUGUGUGAUGAUUGUCAUCGAACGGAAGCUAAAGAUUUCUGGCGUUGCAUGGUGCAAAUCAGACAAAAGGCAAACAACAAAAAGACUUUGUAUUAUCUCGAGCAAAUGAUUUUGAAACAUAAAGCACAUGAAAAUACUUUGGGUCUCAAAAAUGCUCCUGAUGGACUCGAUUUUUUCUUCUCCGCUGAGAAUCAUGCACGUAAAAUGGUUGAUUUUCUUCAAUCAGUUCUUCCAGUGAAGUUUACACAAUCAAAGAAGUUGAUUUCUCACGACAUUCACAGCAACUCUUACAAUUACAAGUUUACUUGGGCUGUAGACAUUGUGCCACUUUCCAAAGGAAGUUUAGUGUGUUUAAACAAGAAAAUGCAGCAGAGUUCGGGAAGUAUUGCUCCAUUAUGUAUUGUUCAGAAUGUUGCCAAUACAAUUCACUUGAUAGAUCCACUCACAGCUCAAAUGGCUGAAAUAUCAGGAGUCAACUACUUCCGGUAUCCAUUCUCGCCAAUUUGUGAUCCAAAACAAUUGGUUGAAUACACGGUGAUGGAUAUUGAAAUAAUAAAAAAUCGAAAACAGUUUCCUGGACAGGGACCGAUUUCAUUCAAACAUGUUGUUGCUGAUGUUUGGCUUGUUAAAUCAUCGGAGCUUGGAAUAAAUGAUUCCAUGAUUCAUACAAAAACACAUUUGGGACAUUUGUUGAGGCCUGGCGAUGCUGUCAUGGGCUUCGAUCUUCGUGAUGCGAACAUCAAUAAUGAUGAGUUUGAGAAGUUGAAAAGUGAAAAUAUUCCUGAUGUGAUUCUUGUUAAGAAGUUCUUCGGUGACAAAGACAACAGGCGACGAGCAAGGAAAUGGAAAUUGAAACAUUUAACAGAGAAUGCUGGUGGUGACACUGACAUGGAAAAUGAUUAUAAUGAAUUCUUGGAUGAUCUUGAAGAAGAUCCUGACAUGCGUCAACAUAUUAAUAUUUUCAAAGACUCUAAGAAGCAACAAAUUGCUGUCGAUGUCGAUGAUUUAGCUGAUCCAUCAAUUCCACAAAUCACUUUAGAAGAAAUGCUCGAUGAUUUGGUUAUUGAUGAUGUUGAAAUGGGAGAAGCUUAAAAUUGAUUUUAUUUCUGGAAUUUCCUUUCUAUAAAUAAAUAAUUUAUAAAUAAAAAUAAAAAUUGAAAUGUUAUCU